UCAACCCCUCGGUAUGGGGGUAGAGAGAGAGAGAGAGAGAGAUAGAUAGAUAGAGAGAGAGAACGAGGUGCACAGGGUGAAUUCUGUGUGGACGAAAAGAGGAAGAAACAGGGCCCUUUUCUUCCUAGAUUCACCUGUGUAAGGGAAUGAACAAACAGGCGAAACAAAAGAUAAGGAUCAACCUUGUCAUACCACGAUUUAACGCACCACAAUAUCUGCUUCCAUUUUCUACCUCAAUCGCAAGAAUCUCUCUCUCUCUCUCUCUCUCCACUUUAAUCUCUGUUUAACACCACUGUGCCAGCCCUCUGGAGAGCUCCGCCUGACUCUGGAUAAGGAGUGUAUAAAAUCAUCUUAAAUACCUGUCCUGCAGGAGAAAGACACAUCUUUAAACGCUCCAUCACUUCUUCCUCCAUAAUCUCACCAUUAUGACCUUGUUGGCAUCUGAAAGGUCAUUGCUCAUCCGCAAUAAGUUCCGCUCAGUUCUGCAGUUAAGAAUACAGAACCGCAGACAGCAAAAUGAACUUAAUAGAGAGUCUGGUACAAAGACCCCUGUCCCUGAUAAAACUGGAGAGAAAGAAGUCAGCAAUGGCUUGCGUCAGACAGAGGAUGGCUCCACUCAGAAGUCACCCCCUAGUGGUCUGACUGCUCAAACUGCACCAGACAGGGGUUAUGCUUACAGGCAGAAGAAGGCUCGUCUGGCUGAAGAUCUGCAUGAGAAAAUCCAGAGAUGGCCUGGCCCACUUGAUCUCCUGCAAAGGAAUAUCCUGCCUCUAGAGAACACUCCUUCAUUGCCAUCAGAUGUCUUUGAAGAUAACAACUCUACCUCCUCUGCAUCUCCCGAGCAACUCGGGAUGCACCAAUCUCCUGGCUUCUCAUCAUCACCUGGGCUAGGCGGUGACCAAUCGCUGAGUGAUGCGUCACCUGUUGGUCCGCCCAUCAGCCCAAACGGUGUACAGGGCAGAUUGGCAUUGCUCCCGGCAACCGAGUGCAUCAGCCAGCCAAUGACCAUGCCAGUAACAGGGUCAAACACUAUAUCAAUGACUGGGAGACCCAAAGGGAUGUAUAUUCCCUCCCAGACACCUCCACUGCUGCCAAAGACAGCACAGUCUCCAGCUCCACCUUCUCAUUCCAUUCUGGCUGGGUCCUUAGUCUCAUCCCGCCCUCCACGGCCAAGAAAGCCUCGUGAUUCUAAACCCAAAAUGAGGAAGCUGAAAUACCAUCAGUACAUUCCCCCAGAUCAAAGGGCUGGGAAUGGAAGCGGAGGUGGGAACACUUCUCAAAAGAAUAACAACAGCCAGACUCUGCCCAUUGAUUCCUCCUACUCCCACCUCUUGCAGCAACAGCAGGUGUUCUUACAACUACAGAUUCUUAACCAGCAACAACAGCUCACUGUGCCAAACAGUGAAAGCCAGUUGAAUAUUUCCAGAACCACACCUCAAAGCUCCCCUCAGUCAGGAACACCAUCAACAUAUCCAUCCACCCCUGAUACAAGUCCAAGUCACCAGGCAGAGCUACUUCCUUCAAACCUAGAUGACCUAACAGUGUCAGUGCUUCGUCAACAGUUGCGGAAACGUGGACUCCCUGUUUCUGGCACUAAGCCUGCACUGCUGGAGAGACUUCGCCCUUUCCAGAUGCCUCGUCCCCCAGUAAACCUCGCUCCACUUUGCCAACUUGGUGCAAAACUAGAACCCUCUCACCCUGCUGGCCUCAACCAAAUCCCCACCAGUCUAGAUGCCACCACCAACCAGGCUCAGAUGUUCAUUCAUACCCCAGGAUUAGCAGAGCAGAGCUUUGCUGGUGAUGGCUACCUCACUUCUCCCUCUGCUGGCUCCAGCCCCAGCAUAUAUAUACCCUCCCCUCCAAUGCCCUCUGGUGCCAUACGGAGACCAGGCCAGGCAGCAGAUGAGCUUAAUGUGGAGCUGGAAAUAAGAGAGAGGGUGAGGAGCAGACCUAGAGAAGGAGUAAAAGACACUCAGAUUUGUGGAGGUUCCCUUAAUCCGUUCCUGCAACAGGACCCAGGAUGCUCCAGAAGGAAACUGGACUCAGAUCAUCAGGAAGUGCUCUUUACAUACUGCACUGGUGAUGGGAAAGUGAACUGUUGUCAGCUUUGCGAUGUGAUUGGCCAAGAUUUUGAUUUGCCCAUGCAAAUCACAGCCAGUCCAACACAAGCCUCACCUGCUGUCCGCAGUUUAGAGGAGGAGCUACAGGAAGCUAUUCAAAGAGUGCAGAUGGACCCUUCUCAAUCCAUAGAUGACAUUCUGGAUGAGACUAUUGGUUGUUCAGACCUCCAACAAUCAGCCACUACUGUUCUGUCAGGAUCCUCCCCUGCCUCACAGUACGACCAAUCACAGUCCUCCAAGCGUCAAAAAGAUGACAACUUCCUUUCCUCUCCUCUGUGCUCUUCACUUCUUUUGGAGCUCCCUCCAUCUCCUAACAAUGCUCCGCCCCUUGGUUCUACCCCAGCUCCGCUUCCCCCUCCCCCUAUCUGCACCACUCCACCAUCUAGCUCGCUGUCCAGGAAAAGAAGGUCAGAGGUUCCUGCUUUUGACCCUGCUGACUGGCUAGAGACCUUGACCUCUGGCCUACACACACUCACACCUCCUGCUGCCCCAUUUCUAGAGAGUGACUUUGGCCUUGACGCAGACCUGAAUGUCAACAGAGUCCUUGACCUGAUGGUGGAGCAAUGGUGAGGAAAGGGCGAAGUGUGCGUUUGUAUGUGCGUAUGUCUAAUUGUAUGCAUGAUUGGAAAUUCACCACCUGUCAAGUCCUGGUCCCAGGAGAGGUGACUUCCUCAUCCUCUCAUCCAUUCUUCCAUUUUUGCAUCCAUCCAUCUUUGUCAACUGAUGUGACCAAACAGAUCUGACUUGUGUUGACUGCUAAGCUCUACUCCACGCAAUGUCGAGAGAAAGAGACAGAAAGGGAGGAAAGAGAGAGAGAGAGAGAGAUGCUUUGGUACCUUGUUCAGAACAAUUCACAAAUCUUUGCGCAUGCGCACAUACACCACACUUCCACUUUUGUUCCAACCAAAUAUUAAUAUAUUAUACAAAAAAGCGGGUUUUCUCAUUGAUUCGCCUCUUGCUUCGGUGCCAGACAAACUGUCGGCAUGUGGCAACCGUGUGGAGCAGCGGGAGUGUCAAACAAUCUGUGUGUUUUUGCAGGGAAGUGUAUGCGCUCCCUGUAUGUGUGAGUAUGCUUCUCUUUGCUGUAUGUGUUUGUGUGUUUGUGUUGGCAUAUACACACUUGCCAGCAUGUUCUGUAUCUACAAUGCACCGUAAAUGAGGUGCUUAAAGCACCCAAUUGCACUUGUUUCUGUUUAUACUGGUGUAUAUUUUUUUCCCCCAUUUCUUGCAGUGUUACACACUGUUCGUAUUAAGUUAUGUCCUGCUCUUUCUGGACUAGUGUAUCGUGGGGCUAGUGUUAACUCAAAAGCAUUAGCUCAAAAAUACAACCUCUAAAUAUUUAAUAGUAGAAUAACUGUUACUACCUUUAGGCACAAAUAUAGUCCAAAACAAUGCUGGUCAAAGGCCAGUGGGUCUCUUUAGCUUGAUUGCAACCUCAAAUUAGGUAAGGACUUAUGGAGAGAACAGGCUUUUAAAGAAGACAAAUGUAAUGUCCUUGGAAAAUCCAAAGGUCUUGACCCUUGAUUUAUCAGCCCAAACAAUGUGUACAAAUUAAGGUGUGAUCUUUCAACCUUUGCUGUUUAAGUUUUCUUAAUGGGACCCAUACAAUGUUAUCUACCAUUUCUGUUUACUGAAAUUUGACCUUUCGUCUGCCGUUAUGCACUGCUCUGGACAUCGCAGUACAUUACUCGGAGCAAUAUGCUUCCAAGAAAGGGCAAAGGGAUACAACACAUUUAAAUGUCCAAAGAAAGUUGUGAAAACAAUCUCUUUAUUCUUUCCCAGUCUUAUAUGUAAAAAUUCAUGUGCGUAAAGGACAAUAUUUUUGAUAAUCAAAUAUAAUGUCCAGAGAUCAGUAUGCACAAAAGUGCUGGAGAAUCACAGCAUAUGUGCCGCUGAACAUUUAUGGUUCUCAAAUGUAUUGGACUUUUAUUUCUGUAACCCCAGGACACACACAACUAUGGUUGCUAAGCCAAAUGUUGUGUAAAAAUAAAGCAAUGACCAACCAACCAACCAAAAAGCAAACCGUUUAUGUGUUUGAUCAGAUAUAUUCAUUGAUAUAUUUAUUGAAUUAUUUAUUAUAACUCUGCCAUCUAUCCAUGUUAAAAUCAUAUUGUAAACUGUAAAAUUAAAGUCUUAAUUGAUUUUCCCACCUGUAAUCUUUUUUGUCAUUUUUUUUAUGAAUGAAAGAAUAUUUAGUUUCAACAGAAGAAGCAUUGAAGCUUAAGUAUUUAUAAUCAUUAAAGGGAUAGUUCACUCAAAAUUUAAAUUCUCUCAUUAUUCACUUACCCUGAUGUCAUCCCAGAUGUGUAUGACUGUCUUCAGCGGAACACAAAUUAAGAUUUUUAGAAGAAGAUUGAGCUCUGUCAGGUCCUUCUAAUGCAAGUACAUGGGAGCAGAACAUUGACUGUCCAAAAGUCACAUUUAGGCAGCAUUUAAAUAAUCCAUACGACUCCAGUCAAUCAAUGAAUGUCUUUUUAAGCAAAUCGAUAGGUUUCUGUGAGAAACAAUUUGAUAAUUAAAACGUUUUUAACUUUAAAUCGCCGCUUCCGUCAAGGGCUCUGAUGCAGUUUGAAAUGGCCUAACUCUCGCGUGACAUUAGUUCUUCACCUGCGCGCUUCAUGCAAUAGCUACGUGAGUCAACAGCUGUCACGUUUUUUAAAAGUUAAUAGCAUUUUAAUUAUCAAUUUAUUUUUUACACAAAUGUAUUGAUAUGCUUCAGGAGACAUUCAUUGAUCGACUGGAUCGUGUGUAUUACUUUUAUGCUGCCAAUAUGUGACUUUUGUACCAUCAAAGUGCUGGCACCCGUGUACUUGUGUUAUGAGGACCUGACCUGAGGACCUGACCUGAGGUCCAUCUUCUUCUAAAUAUCUUUGUGUUCUGCUGAAAAAGACUCUGGGUGGCAUCAGGGAAAGUGAAUAAUGAGAGAAUUUUUAAUUUUUGGGUGAACUAUUCCUUUAAGUUUACUCAAUUAAAAACUAUAAGGAUGCAUCAAAACUGAAUCUUGAAACUAAAAUAAGUAUAUCUUGAGUAUAAUAAGUCAAGGUGACCAUGGUGGUGAUCACUAAGGUUUUUUUCUUACAGGAAAUGUAAAAUGUCCCUUAGGCAACUUCUCAGUAAAUCAUUACACAGCCCAAACUGUUCCUAAUGUGUUUGUCAGCAAUAAAGUCAGCUCUU